AUGACUCGGUACGGGGGCCUGGGCCGGACGCGCCCCAAAAAGCUCACCUCUAAGGCCUCCAUCCCCAUCGUUCGCGAAGAGGACAUCGAUGUCUUAGAUGAGGACAUUCAAAGCCAUCAGCAAAUCGAAACUGGUGUCGAAAAAGCUGAAGAAUCGGAAUUUCACUUGCAAGUUGCCAUCAACCUCACCGCACAGGGUAAAGUCAACGACGCCCACAUUCCCACCCCCGAAACCAUCCUCAGCAACUUGCGCUAUGACGAACUCUACCCCCCACUCUUCUCGCAGCCUGCGACAUACAUCCGCUCCUCGGCCACGGUCGAGGACUGCUGUGGAUGUCUUUACAACAUGACCGAGGAAGAUGAUGUCUUUCUCAAGAUCCUUAAUCAGAAGCGAGAUGCGUCUAAUCAGUGCUCGGAGGAUAAUUUUGAGGCCACAAUGAACUUCUUCGAGGAGACGGCGCAAGCCAAGCAGCCAUAUGCCGCGGUUGAUAGUCCACCGGUGUUGACCUUCGCAGAGAUGAAGGAGGCCAUGGAUGCCGCCGUAGAGGAAGCUGUGAAGCGCUUUGCAAAGGAGAUCUAUCCCCACUGGACGUCGCGUCGAAUGGCAGAGGGUAGUAACAAUACCCUGGAGCCAAGCCUCAAGUUUGAAACUGGCCAAGACACCGACGAUAGUGACCCUUACGUUUGUUUCCGACGACGUGAAGUGCGCCAGAUCCGUAAAACCCGUGGCCGUGACGCCCAAAGUGCUGAAAAGCUGCGCCGACUGCGUAAAGAGCUUGAGGAUGCUCGGCAGAUGGUCGCAUUGGUGCGUCAACGAGAAGUAGCCCGAAAGGAGAUGCUCAUCAUGGAGCGAACACUGUUCUUGCAGCGCGCCGAGGUAAAGGAGAUGAAGCGCAAGCUGAACAUCAAGGACGACGACGAGGAUCUGGUCAACCAAAAGCCCAAGAAGAAGGUGGAACCAACCACUGGUCAACGUCCCAAUCCUCCUCAACUGCGCUUGCCGCCCAGAGCAGGCCUUCAAGGUGCAGAGGAUUUGCAGCUGCUGGAGGAUGUCCAAGCAGAGAAGGAGAACGAGAUCUUGCGCGAUAUCAAAACGAAUAUUGCCAAGCACAUCAAGUGGAACGAAGGAUAUGUCGAUCAUACCCGUGCGCCACUUUCUCCAUCUCCCGAAAGGACAUUCGAUGCAGCUGCAUUCCGCCCUGCAUUCACUGCGCAGUUACCCACCCCUCCAUCAUCCGACUCUUCUGGCGAUAUGAUGGACACCUCAUUAGAUGUCACUAGCCCCAUCUUCUCUCGAGACAAACUUAAACUUGCCUCUCGGGGGAUGGUGUUAGACGAGGAACCGAAUAAGAUGCCAUCAUUCCGCCGACGUGUUGGACGAGGAGGCCGGUUAAUGAUUGAUCGUCGCAAUUUCGCGGCACGCUGUAAAAUCGAAAUGGACCCCAUCAAGACUGAUCGAUUCAAGUUCGACCAGGAAGAUUCUGAUGAGGAACCCAUUUAUGAAUUAGAGACAUUUAAUGUCCAAAUCAUGCAGCAUCGUGCCAUGACCAUGGCGAAAGUGCGCGAACAAGCCGCAGUAGCGGCUGCUCAAGCUCAUGCGCAGGCGCAAGCUCAAGCAGCUCAGGUCCAGGCUCAACGAAGAUUGCAAAGCGAUCAAUCUGGGAACCAGGGAGCACCUCCCGCCCCCAGUGCAGUGGCUGCGCCUUCUGAAGCCUGA